AAGGUCACUUCGUAUCAAUUUUGGGCGUUCCCAUUUCUGUCCUGCCUGCCAUAUCUUGGUAGUGAUAGCCCUUGAUGGGUCCCUGGCAUUUUCUUGGUAGGUAUUUUCCAGGCAUUUCCCUGGCUGGCUGUUUUAUUUUAUUGACUCUAUUUAGGUCCCUCCUGGAUGGCCCUUCCUUUGUGAUAAUUGUCAAGUGGAUUGUUUUCUUCCAAAUGUGUACAAACCUUGUCAUUCUUCAUAGGGAAGAGGUUUACUUUCAAUACAAGUAAACAUUGCAUUGACCUUACUGGCUUUACAUUCAGUAAUAGCAAGGACAGGGAGGACAGUUCAAGCUGGAAGCCACCGGAAUGCCACUACACCAGGAGCACGAGCUCAGCCCACUUCAGUAUUUGGUCUCUACUAGUUGUGAUGUGGAACUGAUGAGGCUACAUGGAUGUGCAAUCCCACUGACCUGAGAAGAUCAGAAGGAGAAGCAACCAGAAGGCUUGCCUUGCAAUGUUUCUGUCCUGAGUUCCAGGAUGGUUCAUUCUUGGGACCAGACAUGAUGAAGAGUUGACCUCAAGAACACAGCACCGUCUCCAGCUGCCAUGCUCCUCCGGAGGCUGCGGCGACUCACCUGGGGCAGCACUGCUGUCCAGCUCUUCAUCCUAACUGUGGUGACAUUUGGCCUGCUGGCUCCCCUGGCCUGUCACCGGCUUUUGCACUCUUAUUUCUAUCUGCGCAAUUGGCAUCUGAACCAAAUGAGCCAAGAGUUCCUGCAGCAAAGUCUGAAAGAAGGGGAAGCUGCACUCCACUACUUUGAGGAGCUGCCCUCUGCUAAUGGCUCAGUGCCCAUUGUCUGGCAGGCCACACCCCGCCCCUGGCUGGUGAUCACCAUCAUCACUGUUGACAGGCAGCCUGGCUUCCACUACGUCUUACAGGUGGUGUCCCAGUUCCACCGGCUCCUACAGCAGUGUGGCCCCCAGUGUGAGGGAUACCAGCUCUUCUUGUGCAAUGUGGAGCGCAGUGUGAGCCAUUUUGAUGCCAAACUGCUCUCCAAGUAUGUACCUGUGGCCAACCGCUACGAGGGAACCGAGGAUGAUUAUGGUGAUGACCCUUCAACCAACUCAUUUGAGAAAGAGAAGCAAGACUACGUGUAUUGCCUUGAAUCCUCACUGCAGACCUACAAUCCAGACUAUGUCCUGAUGGUGGAAGAUGAUGCUGUUCCAGAAGAUCAGAUAUUCCCAGUCUUGGAGCACCUUCUGCGGGCUCGCUUCUCUGAGCCACACCUCCAAGACGCCCUGUAUCUUAAGCUCUAUCACCCUGAGAGGCUCCAGCACUACAUCAACCCAGAGCCUAUGAGGAUCCUGGAGUGGGUCGGUGUGGGCAUGUUGCUGGGGCCCUUGCUAACCUGGAUAUACAUGAGGUUUGCCAGUCGCCCAGGCUUUAGCUGGCCUGUCCUGCUCUUCUUCUCACUGUAUAGUAUGGGACUGGUGGAACUGGUGGGCCGGCACUAUUUCCUUGAACUGCGGCGCCUGAGUCCUUCCUUGUACAGUGUGGUUCCUGCCUCUCAGUGUUGCACCCCUGCGAUGCUCUUCCCUGCACCCGCAGCCCGCCGAACCCUCACCUACCUGUCCCAAGUGUAUUGCCACAAGGGAUUUGGCAAGGAUAUGGCACUGUACUCACUCUUGAGGGCCAAAGGAGAGCGGGCCUAUGUGGUAGAGCCCAAUCUGGUGAAGCACAUUGGGCUUUUCUCCAGCCUCCGGUACAAUUUUCAUCCCAGUCUGCUCUAGAGUGCCCAAAAAUGCCUUUCGGAAAGUUAUCACUUCCUAGAGAUUCAAACACUGGUUCCUUAUUUAGACAUGAUUGCUUGCAGCUAUUUCAUGGUUUAAUGUUGCUAGGAGUGAAGGCACUGAGACAACUGAGAAUCCUGCAUUAAUCAGCAUUGGCUUUGGUAACCCCCAGCAGGGUCGGCGGUUUGCUACAGGUCUGGACCUCUCUCCCGCCACACAGCCACACUGCCUCAUGCAGUCUGUCCCACCCAGCGGGGGUUCAUUUAAAUACCAGUUAUGUUCCCCAGUUAUUUGUAAGCUCUGCUUUGUGAGGAACUUGUGACUCCCCAAAAUCUUGUGCACAGUGAUACAUGAUUGUUUAGGAUUUUGAUGGUAGAAUUUGGUGAAAGGUGAGAGCCUUUUGAAUGGAUUUCCUUCCAUUGGAUAUGAGAAUGAGUGUAUGUUUAGAAUGUAAGCCUAGAGAGUCAGGACCAUGUUGGUAUAUUCCAUUUGUUUCCUUGACUUGGUGUAAUAAAAAUUGUUAAAAGCCAUGAAGUCCCUGGCAUUUUGUAAGCAAGUGAUCUGGCUUUUUUAUGGCCUGGCAUUUUCUUUUCUCAUAUACCUGUAAUCAGUAUUGUUAGCACUCUUAAGACAUAGCAGGAUCUGGAAGUACUUUCUGAAUCAACAAAGUUCAAUUGUCUACAUUCAAUGUGGUUUAAUAUUGAAUAUUUAUAUAAUACUCGGAUUCUUUGACAGUUGGAUAUUUCAGAUGGAUUAAGAAUGGGUGAAUUCUUUGUUAGAAUAUCCUUUUCCCUCACUUUGUCCCCCGCCACACACACUUUUCACUGCACUUCUUUUUCUUCUGGUAGUGUGAUAGUAUAGAAGAAGAGGCAUAGGAUGUAAAAUCAGAAAACCCAGACCUUGUCUUUCAGGUGUCUGGCAUAGCCUAAUGAUAAGACUUUGAGAAAGUCAUAUAACCAGUCUGGGUCUCUACUUCUUUGCCUGUAAAGUGAGGGUAGUAGUUGCCACCUUUUAAGGUAGGCAUGAGCAUAAAAUGAUAGAAUGGUUAUGAAACAUCUAGCAAAUGCUAAACUCAAAGAAGGAUACUUGACAGAUGUUUUUUUCUCUCUUGACAUAAGCAUACAGAACUCCAGUGCAUUUUGGAUAAAAACAUCGGUGAUGUUGUUUAAAGUGUGACAUAGGGCAAGGGGCUGACACCCGGGCAACAGUUGGUCCAGUCCGAACUCUGCUAGAAUAGAGGCUGACUUUGCUUUGUGCCUUCUGAAGAACAUGCAGCUCAGCUUUCACCUAGCCCCACCUCCCACCAAGCCAAAAUUAAAUUGUUCAUUCAGACUAGAAUUGAGACUCCUGUUGAACUCCUGCCGAGACUACCAUCUGAAAAUUGCCUUUCUGAAGAGUUUCAAAUAAAUGUUCUUUAAAUACUUAUUAAAAUACUGGCCAGCAAGUCCCUUUAUGGAGACGGAUGAUUACAUGCGACAUAUCAAGCAGUUGUUUACUUUGUUUUGUUGCCAUGGCUAUCAUUUGCUUUUAAACUUUCACUUAUGUCUUGAGAUCCAUUCAAGAACACUAAGGAAGAUAAAGGGACCGAUCUGCCAUUCUGUACAGGUGAACAAAUUCAGACAUAGAGAUUCGAAACAGGUCCAUAGCUGAACAGCAACAGAACCAAGCUGGAAACAUAGCUCUUCUUACCUCCAGCCCUUGUACAUUUUUUUUUCUUUUGGUACCGGGGAUUGAACUCAGGACCUUGUACUUG